AUGAAAGAUCGAACAAUUGAACUUCGUACAACUUUAAAUUCAAUUUCUCGUCCAUUUGAUGAUCAAUAUAUUCAAUUAAAAAAUGAUUUAAAUAAAUGGCAUUUUGAAAUGAUUGAACGUAUUCAAGAUAUGUAUUUAAAUACAUUAAUUGAAUUAGAUACAUCCUAUGAACGAUUAGAUACAUUUCGACAAACACUUCAUGUUUUACUUGAUGAUGAACGAUUAAUAGAUACAACAGUACCUAUGACAUCAUCCGAAAUAAUAAAUAUUUCUUCUCGAUUAUCAUGGAUUGAAAAUGAAAUUGAUUCUAUAUCAAAUUUAUUUUUUCAUGUUAAUUGUCAACAAGUUAAAUUAAAUGAUCGACCAUAUCUUAUUCAUUCAAAUAUAUCACCAACUAUGCCAUGUCGAAUUUUAUUAAAACGCGAACAUACUAAUCAAUUACCUGAUUCAAUUAAUAAUACUCUUUAUACUUUAUUAACACAUCCAUUAUCACCAGAAGCUAUACUUAUUACAAAUAAUGUUCAACAAUUAAGUUUAGUUAUUCAAAAAAUUUUAUCAAAAACAAAUGAAUUACGUAUAUUAAUUCAUGAAUCUUAUGCACCUUUUAUUAUAGGACAAUUAGGUAGUCGAGCAAAAAUGCUUAAAGAUAAAUAUGCAUUAAAUAAUUUAAAAGUUUAUCCAACAUGUGCACCAUUAUCAACUGAACGUAUACUUUUAUUAUCUGGAUCAAAAUAUGAACAAAUUAUUGAAUGUUUAACAGAAAUUUAUCAUAAUAUGUGUCAAACUUCAUUUAUAGAUUCAACACAACAAGCAACAUUUCUUUAUUCACCUGAAUUUUAUGAUGUUUCAUUAGCCGAUGAUUAUGGUGGUUUUACUGAUCGACAACUUCAAUUAGCUAUGCAACGAUCAAUGGUUACAUCUACAAUUGUUAAUAAUACAAAUGAUGAAGAAGAAUUAGGUGGAUAUCAAGAUGAAGAUGUUGAAGAUUUUGAUAAUGAUAUAAAUAAUUAUCAAACAGAAAAAAUUGAACCAUUACGUGAAAGACGUUGGACUUUAACUGAUGCACAAGCUGGAGCUUUAUUUGGACCAAAUUCAUCACGUUUACAUCAAAUUCGAAGUGAAUCAAAUGCUUGGAUUGUUAUUUAUGAAGCUGAAGGAAAAAGUACAAGACGACCAAUGUCUAUUCGAGGUACAAAAUCAGAAAUUGAACAUGCAACAAAAUUAAUUUUAGAAACUAUCAAACGUCAUGAUAGAAAAUUACCAUUAAAAUAUAAUCAUAAACGUGGAAAGUAA